AAGAAGGGCGUGAAGAGAAUUUCCCGAGAAGGAUUCAGACACCAGUUCAGGCUGGGAGAAGUACCUGGAUACCCAAUGGAGCACCUGCCUGUUGUCAUAUCUGAGGUGCUAGUGUGUGUGCUAUCCAACGGUCUCAACCACGAGGCCUGGCCGAGGGUGGUGUCUGAUGACAUCCACAGGCACCUGGAGAAGCUGAGGAGCAAGGUGGUCACUCUGAGAGGUCGAGCCGAGGGGCGAACACUGCUGCCCCUACCCCUGUACGUGGAGAGGGCACGACCUCAGGACAUUGUGCUCAGCCACACUGGAUGGCCACUGGACCGUGGCUUGUUAUACUCUAUAGAAACUCUGAUUGUGCAGUGGUCCGGACAGAUAUGGAGUGUGCUGAAGAAAGACUCUGGUAUGAUGCUGCUUCAGGGACACCACCCAGGCCCCAGCGUGGAGCUCCAGUUCUGGGCAGCUCAGAGGGAAAACCUGCUGGGCAUCCAGUCACAAAUCCGCAGCUCUAAAGUGGAGCAGAUCAUGGAGAUCCUGAGAAGAGUCAAGAGCAGUUACUACUCCGCCUUCAAGGACGUCUGCGUCAAAGUCAAUGAGGCCGUGCUGGAAGCAGAAGACAUAGAUCUGUAUCUACGCCCUCUAAGGAGACUGAUUACAAACUUGGAGGAGAAGAGUUUUCCACAGGUGGAUGCACUAUUACCUCCUCUUUUUCACACGCUCUGCCUCAUCUGGAGUCAUUCCCAGUACUACUGCACUCCACAGCGAAUGGUGGUGCUCCUGCAGGAGUUCUGCAACCUGAUCAUUGAAAAGGCCUUUGCCUAUUUAAUCCCCGAAGAAUUGUUUAAGAUGGAGCUUGAGGAAGGGAUGGAGAGAGUACGGAUAAGCAUCUCAGUUCUGCGCACCUUCAAGAAAUUGUUUCACACUUACCGCGAGCAGAUCCCGAAGUAUUACAAACACUCACAGAGCAUCAAGCUCUGGGACUUUCCAGCGAAACUUGUGUUUAAACGCUCAGAUUGCAUCAUGGAAAGGCUUCUUAUGAUCGAGGAACUUUUUGCAACAGCACUGGACUUUCUGAAGCUGGAGAAAAUUGAAUUAGGUGGAUCCAGAGGGAAAAUCUUAAGUGAGAUGGUCUUCAGCAUGAGUGAGGAGUUUCAUGACCGCUGGCGGACCCUUAGAGAGAGCAAAUAUGACCCCUUGGACUGCACUAAUGACGAUUUUGUGAACCACUACAGGCGUUUCUUGGAGCAGAACAAAGAUUUUGACCAAAGGCUGGGAACUGUCCUCAAUUUGGCCUUUCAGCACUCCAAAAGCCUGAAGUCAGCCUUUAAGCUGUUGAAGAUUUUUGGCACCCUGCUUGAGAGACCCAGAAUCCACCAGCUGUUUUCGCCUAAUUACAGUGUGCUGUUGGACAUGUUUAGCCAGGAAGUAGGCCACUGCCAGUUUAUACUUGAUCAACACAAAGAUGGGCUGCAGUCAGGUUUUGCGAUCCUGGGAAAGAAUAUGCCUCAAGUGGCCGGUAACCUCAAAUGGUCGCAGGAGCUCCGGAGCCGGAUCCUGACUCACAGGAGUAACCUCUGCCAGCUGCCCCACAUGCCCCUGGAUUGUGCAGAGGCAGAAGAUGUCCUCCAGAGGUGUGAACGCGUUCUUGAGGUUUUAGACCAGCGUGAUGAGGAGAUGUUCUUAGAGUGGACCGAGGGGCUUGAAGAAAUCUGUGAAACACACCUCAAGGAGCCACUGUUGGCACUGGAUAGUGAAACGGGCUUCUUCCAGGUCAACUUCAGUCCUGCUUUAGCAUCUGUGCUAAGAGAAGUGAAAUAUCUGGGUAUGCUGAAGACCCAAAACAUUCCCCAAGCAGCUCUUCAUCUCUAUUCUAAACGAGAGAGACUACACAUGUACACACAAACACUGGCUUUGGUGACCCAGUGGUACAACCAGCUCCACAGCACCAUCCUAGCUGUAGAGCUGGGACUGGUCAAAGAUGAGAUGGAUGGGAUGAGACGACAGCUGAAUCCGGCCCUCGGGGAACUGACGUGGGCUCAGGAUGACCUAUGGGACUACAUUCAGAGUACACGAGACCUGGCACAGAGCAUUUCUAGUCGUGUCCAGAAGAGCAAAGCUAAUGUGGAAGCCAUCCAAGCCUUGAUGGGUAAAUUCAGCAACCGGGCUUUCAUUACCAGAAAGAGUCGUGACUCUCCUCUCCUCGUUUUCGCUGACAUUGAAGAGAGUGUUUCCAAACAGCAUGCUCUCAUUACUAGUACAGGGGAGCAGAUACACAAACUACUGCAGGAGAACCAGUCUCUCCUCAGUGUGACGGAUCUCGACAGCAGUGAGUGGCAUGCCUAUACUGAGUAUGUUGACAGGAUGAUCCUGGCAGGCUUCACCAGCGCAGUACGCUGCUCUCUGCAGUACCUCAUGGACAACACAGAUGCAGCUCAGCGUAUUACACCUCUGUUUGAAGUCCAGUUGGUUCUCAACAGCAAUGAGAUGACCUUUGACCCUUCAUUAGACUUGAGCCACACUGGUAACUUCUAUGAUAUUGUGGAUAAGAUGGUGUGCAACAUUACAAGCAUGGCUUCCCUCAUUCCUAGAGUGGCAAGUCACAAACAGCUGAGUAACUACCAGUGUGACAUAAAUGAAAUGGAGGAUUUGUCAGACAUGUGCCACAUAAUCCGCUCACGGGCACGCGCAUCUGUCGCUAAGGUCAGGGAGUACCAGGCAUCAUUUUCUAGCUACCGCUACCUCUGGACUGAUGACAGGUCUGAAUUUAUGAGACAGUUCCUACUUUAUGGACACGCGUUAAGUACAGAGGAAGCUGAGCUGUAUGCCGACUACGAACUAAAAAAGAACCCACCCACCCUGGACAACUUUAAAGAACAAAUCAAUCUGUUUGAGUCUCUGUAUGUGCGAGUGAGCAAAAUGGAGGACCGAAGGGUGUUUUGUGGUUGGCUACAGCUAGAUAUCAGACCCUUCAAGCACACACUGAUGAAUGUCAUUAAAAAGUGGAGCUGGAUGUUCAAAGAGCACCUUCUUAACCACGUGAACCAGAGUGUGAGGGAAUUGUCCCAGUUUGUCCAGGACACAGCAUGUGGCCUUUCUACCAAGGUGUCAGAUGGCGAUUAUGCAGGCCUUGUGAAAAUCAUGGGACACCUCAUGGCCAUACGAGACAGACAGAUCAGCGACGAACAGCACUUUAAACCGCUCAAGUCUACCACUGAACUUCUAAAGACCUACGGACAGCAGCUUCCAGAGAGUGUCUGCACACAGCUAGAAGAGCUGCCGGAAAAGUGGAAAAGUGUCAGAAAAAUUGCCUUCAUGGUCAAACAUGAGGUGGCACCGCUACAGUCAAAUGAAGUUUCAGUUAUCCGCAGGAAAUGUGUUCGGUUUGAGGUCAAACAGCAUGAGUUCAGAGAACAAUUUCGUUCAGAGUCAAUCUUUAAAAUCAGUGUGGAGGAGCCAUAUAAGCUUAUUGAUAAGUGUAAUCGAGGCGUAGCUACGAUGGAGAUGGAAAUGAAGAAGUUGCAGGACACAGCUGAUCUGUUUGAGGUCAGCUUCCCAGAAUACAAGCAGCUGCGGCAGUGUCGCUCUGACAUCAUACUUGUCAAAGCAGUAUGGGAUAUGGUCGUCUUUGUAAAGACCAGUAUAGAGGAUUGGACAAAGACUCCGUGGAAAGAGAUCAACGUUGAGCAGAUGGACAUGGAACUCCGGCGGUUUGCUAAAGAGAUGAAAAUGCUGGAUAAGGAGGUGCGAGUGUGGGAUGUCUAUAUGGGUCUGGAAUCAACAGUGAAAAACCUGUUGACCUCUCUGAGAGCUGUCAACGAGCUGCAAAACUCAGCUGUCAGGGAGAGACACUGGCAACAGCUUAUGAACACCACUGGGGUUAUGUUUGUGAUGGGUGAGGGCACCACCUUGGGGGACCUGCUGGAAUUGCAACUUCAUCGUGUGGAGGAUGAGGUUAAAAACAUAGUAGACAAGGCUGUGAAAGAAAUGGCCAUUGAGAAGGUUUUGGCAGAGAUAACCCAGACAUGGAGCAUUAUGUUGCUGUCCUAUGAGACUCAUGCCAGCACAGGAACCCCUCUGCUCAAAGCAGAUGAGAAUCUGAUAGAGACACUGGAGGACAACCAGGUGCAGCUGCAGAAUAUCCUGAUGAGUAAGUACAUAGAGUAUUUCCAGGCAGAAGUAAGUGGAUGGCAGAGGAAGCUGAUGGUGGCAGACCUUGUUAUCUCAUCUUGGAUGUCUGUCCAGAGGACCUGGGCCCAUCUUAACAGCAUCUUCACCAACAGCCAUGACAUCCGCUGCCAGCUGGCCAAUGAUGCUGAACGCUUUCAGGGAAUACACACUGACUUUCAGAGUUUGAUGACUGAGGUGGUUCAGAACAGUAACGUGGUAGAUGUGACCAACAAGCCUGGCUUCCUGGAGAGCCUUGAAACCUUACAGCAGAGGCUGUCUGUGUGUGAGAAGGCCCUUGCUGAAUACCUGGAGACCAAGAGACUGACAUUCCCCAGAUUUUAUUUUGUCUCUGCCUCCGAUCUACUGGAGAUUGUGUCUAAGGGAACACAGCCCAGACAGGUGACCCGACACUUGCUGAAGCUGUUUGACAAUAUAGCAGAUCUUCGCUUCAAGGACUCAGACCGGGCUGAAGGAGGGGAGGAGGAGGGAGAGGCAGUUGCGAUAGGGAUGUACAGUCGAGAGGGAGAAUAUGUUUCGUUCUCUGAGCCCUGUGUCUGCGAAGGACAGGCAGAGUGUUGGUUAAGUGCUUUAGAAACCACCAUGCGCUGUACAGUUCGAAAGGAGAUACAGGAAGCUGUAGCUGCCUAUGAGGACAAACCCCGAGACCAGUGGCUGUUUGACUACCCAGCCCAGGUGGGGCUGACUGGUAGUCAGGUGUGGUGGGCGACAGAUGUGGGCAUUGCUUUUGAGAGGGUGGAGGAAGGAUUUGAGACAGCUCUCAAGGACUACAACAAGAAACAGAUCACACAGCUCAACUCGCUAAUCCACAUGCUGCUUGGCGAUUUAACCCCUGGAGACAGACAGAAAAUUAUGACUGUCUGCACUAUUGAUGUCCAUGCUCGAGAUGUGGUCGCCAGUCUCAUUACUCAAAAGGUGACAUCAGGACAGGCAUUUGCGUGGCUGUCCCAGUUACGGCAUCAGUGGGAUGAAGAAAUGAGACACUGUUACAUUAAUAUCUGUGACGCUCAGUUCCAGUUUAGCUAUGAAUACCUGGGGAAUACAAACAGACUGGUUAUCACUCCACUCACUGACAGGUGUUACAUAACCCUGACCCAGUCCCUCCAUCUGACUAUGAGUGGUGCUCCAUCAGGCCCAGCUGGCACUGGUAAAACAGAGACUACUAAGGACCUUGGACGCUCCCUGGGUAUCAUGGUAUAUGUGUUCAACUGCUCUGAACAGAUGGACUACAAGUCUAUAGGUAACAUCUAUAAGGGCCUGGCUCAGACAGGAGUGUGGGGUUGCUUUGAUGAAUUCAACAGGAUCUCAGUGGACGUUCUGUCUGUGGUAGCUGUGCAAGUCAAGACUAUACAGGAUGCUGUACGCAACAAAAAACAGAGCAUCCAUGUAGCAGCAUGCAUUUGUUGCUGUGUAUGUAGGUUUCAUUUUCUGGGGGAGGAGAUUGAGCUGAAGCCAACAGUAGGAAUCUUCAUCACUUUGAACCCAGGUUAUGCUGGAAGAGCAGAGCUCCCAGAGAACCUCAAGGCUCUAUUCAGGCCCUGUGCGAUGGUGAUCCCAGAUUUUGAACUGAUCUGUGAGAUCAUGUUGGUGGCUGAAGGAUUCAUAGAUGCACGGCUACUGGCACGCAAAUUCAUCAGUCUCUACACUCUUUGUAAAGAGCUGCUAUCCAAACAAGAUCAUUAUGAUUGGGGUUUGCGGGCUAUCAAAUCAGUGCUGGUUGUGGCUGGAUCUCUGAAGAGAGAGGAGCGUAGCAGACCUGAAGAACAGGUGUUGAUGCGGGCUCUUAGAGACUUCAACCUUCCUAAGAUCGUGACGAGUGAUGUUCCCAUCUUCCUUGGGUUGAUCAGUGACCUCUUUCCACAGCUGGAUGUGCCCAGGAAGAGAGACCCAAAGCUAGAAAAUGCUGUUCGCCAGUCAGUCAGUGAGCUGCGUCUGCAGCCUGAGGAAAAUUUCAUACUUAAGGUGACCCAGCUGGAGGAGCUGCUGGCUGUUAGACAUUCUGUAUUUGUAGUUGGUGGACCGGGUACUGGAAAAAGUCAGAUCUUAAAGACUCUUCAUAGGACUUAUGCAAACAUGAAGAUGAAGCCCUUAUGGAAUGAUAUUAACCCUAAAGCUGUCACCACAGAUGAGCUGUUUGGAUACCUGCACCCUGCUACCAGAGAGUGGAAGGAUGGCCUGUUCUCCUCUACCAUGAGAGAGCUGACCUCGGUGGGCCAUGAUGGACCCAAAUGGAUUGUUCUGGAUGGGGAUAUUGACCCUAUGUGGAUCGAGUCACUCAACACAGUUAUGGAUGACAAUAAGGUUCUGACACUUGCCAGUAACGAGAGGAUCGGCUUGUCCUCGUCCAUGCGUCUUCUCUUUGAGAUCUCUCAUCUGAAGGCUGCUACUCCAGCUACAGUGUCAAGGGCAGGAAUACUCUAUGUCAACCCACAGGACUUGGGUUGGAGCUCUUAUGUGACAAGUUGGAUCGACACACGGCAAGCCCAGUCAGAGCGAGCCAACCUCACUAUUUUGUUUGAUAAGUACGUGCCAUACUGUCUGGAACAAGUUCGCUGCAACCUGAAAACCAUCACACCCAUUCCAGAAAACAGCAUGGUGCAGACAUUGUGCUCGUUGUUGGACUGCUUGCUGAUUGAGGACAACACUCCAGCCGAUUCUCCCAGAGAACUCUAUGAGAUCUACUUUGUCUUUGCCUGUGUCUGGGCUUUUGGAGGCGCUCUCUUUCAAGAUCAUCUCAAUGACUACCGUGCUGAAUUUAGCCGCUGGUGGUCCAAAGAGAUGAGAGCCGUAAAGUUUCCCUCACAAGGGACCGUCUUUGACUAUUUCAUUGACCCUGAGACUAAAAAGUUUACUCCGUGGAGUGAGAAGAUGGUGCCAUUUGAGCUGGAGCCUGAUAUUCCGUUACAGACGGUGCUUGUCCACACUCCAGAGACCAUCUGUCUCACCUACUUCAUGGACCUUCUGCUUCAGAGAGGCAAACCUAUCAUGUUAGUGGGCAAUGCAGGAGUGGGAAAAACUAUUCUGGUGUCUGAUAAAGUCGCUAAGCUGAAGGAGGAUUAUAUAGUAGCAAAAGUUCCCUUCAACUACUACACCACAUCUGCCAUGCUCCAGCGCGUCUUGGAGAAACCUCUAGAGAAGAAAGCUGGUCGUAAAUUUGGUCCUCCCACCGCCAAGAGACUUAUCUACUUCAUAGAUGACCUCAACAUGCCUGAGGUGGAUGUUUAUGGGACUGUCCAGCCACACACGCUCAUCCGCCAGCACCUUGAUUACAGCCACUGGUAUGACAGACAGCGGCUGAUUUUGAAAGAAAUCCAUAACUGCCAGUAUAUCACCUGUAUGAACCCAACAGCUGGAAGCUUCUCUAUCAAUCCCAGACUGCAGAGGCAUUUCUCAGUGUUUGCAGUGCAUUUCCCCAGUGCUGAUGCAUUAGCUACCAUCUUCUCCAGCAUCUUGUCAGCUCACUUUCUUCAGGGAGGAUUUAGCUACGGGGUCUCUCGCUCAGUUGGAACUCUCAUUCAGGCAGCUAUCUGCCUGCACCAGAAAAUGAGCCAGAACUUUCUUCCUACAGCCAUACGCUUCCACUAUAUCUUCAAUCUGCGAGACCUUUCCAACAUAUUUCAGGGCAUCCUGUUUGCCUUGCCAGAAAGCAUCCGUUACCCCAUGGACCUGGUGCACCUGUGGCUUCAUGAGAGCUCCAGGGUCUACUCAGACAAACUGAUGGAAGAAAAAGAUGUGGAACUCUUUAAUAAAAUCCUGUUGGACACUGGCAAGAGAUAUUUCGAAGGAAUAGAUGAGUCCAUCUUUAUCCACCAGCCUUUGGUGUACUGCCACUUUGCCCAGGGAGUGGGAGAGCCUCGCUAUCACCAGGCUUCAGACUGGGAGAAGCUCCAGAAGACACUGGCUGAUGCUCUAGAGCACUAUAAUGAGUUGCACGCUGUCAUGGACUUGGUACUGUUUGAAGAAGCGAUCCAGCAUGUGUGUCGCAUCAGUCGUAUACUGGAGGCCCCCUAUGGUAAUGCCCUGCUGGUUGGGGUUGGUGGGAGUGGGAAGCAGAGCCUGUGUCGACUGGCUGCUUUCCUCAGCAUGCUGGAGGUUUUCCAGAUCACGCUGCGUAAAGGUUAUGGAAUCAAUGACCUCAAAAGUGACAUAGCUGCAUUGUAUAUAAAGGUGGGGGUGAAGAAUAUUGGGACAGUGUUUCUUCACACAGAUGCCCAGAUUCCAGAUGAGCGCUUCCUGGUGCUGAUCAACGACAUGCUGGCCUCAGGGGAUAUUCCUGACCUUUUUAGUGAUGAAGAAGCAGAUAUGAUUGUUUCAUCAAUCCGUAUGGAGCUGAGGGGAUUAGGACUCAUAGAUACCAGAGACAACUGCUGGAGCUUUUUCAUCGAAAGGAUACGAAGACAGCUCAAGGUCGUCUUAUGUUUCUCUCCAGUUGGAUUCACGUUAAGGACACGUGCACGGAAGUUUCCAGCCCUAGUAAACUGUACAGCCAUAAACUGGUUCCACUCUUGGCCUCAGCUUGCUCUGCAGUCCGUCAGCUCUACUUUCAUAGAGAAAAUACCUGGACUGGAGCCAAAUGUGAGGGCAUCUAUCAGUGAGUUCAUCUCCUACGCUCACACGAGUGUCAAUGAGGUGAGUGUCAAAUACCAGCAGAGUGAGAAGCACUUCAACUAUACCACACCAAAGAGUUUCCUAGAGUUUAUGAAGUUGUACGGCAACCUGUUGAGGAAGAAACGCACAGAGCUGACUCAGAAGAUGGAAAGAUUAGAGAAUGGACUUCAAAAACUGCAGACUACGGCGUCACAGGUGGAGGACCUCAAAGCGAAGUUAGCAGUGCAGGAGGUAGAGCUGUGGCAGAGAAACACGGACAUCGAAGCCCUCAUUGCUAAAAUAGGACAACAGACAGACAAGCUGAACCAAGAGAGAGCUGUAGCUGAUGCUGAGGAGCAGAGGGUGGCAGCAAUCCAAGCUAAAGUGACCAAACAGCAACAGGAGACUGAAGAGGACUUGGCGAAGGCUGAACCUGCCCUACAGGCAGCCAACACAGCUCUCAAUACACUCAACAGAUUAAACCUGACAGAGCUGAGGACGUUUCCCAACCCUCCAGCCAUCGUCACCAACGUCUCAGCAGCUGUUCUAGUGCUACUGGCUCCUCAAGGCCGAAUCCCCAAAGAUCGCAGCUGGAAAGCUUCCAAGGUGGUCAUGAGCAAGGUGGAUGACUUCCUGCAGGCUCUGGUAAACUUUGACAAAGAGAACAUCCCUGAGGCCACGGUGAGAUGUGUGAGAGAUGAAUACCUCAGUGACCCAGAGUUCAACCCUGACUUUGUAAAACAGAAAUCCUCUGCCGCUGCGGGCCUUUGUGCAUGGGUGAUCAACAUCAUCCGCUUCCACGAGAUUUUUGUGCUCUGCGAGGUAGAGAUGAAGAGAAUGUGUCUGACUCAGGCUAACGCUGAUUUGGCUGAGGCUGCUGAGAAGCUAGACGCCCUGCGGAAAAAACUAGCUGAGCUGGAUAGUAGUCUGGAAACUCUGAAAAUAGCUUUUGAGAAGGCAACAUCAGAGAAACUUCGCUUUCAGGAAGAGGUCAACCGCACAAACAAGACAAUAGAGCUUGCUAAUCGGCUGGUCAAAGGACUAGAGAGUGAGAACGUGCGCUGGGCUCACUCAGUGGCUCAGUACCAUGAGCAGGAGGAAACGCUCUGUGGGGACGUCCUUCUAACCGCAGCCUUCAUCUCUUAUGCCGGAUCCUUCUCAAAGAAGUACAGGAAAGAGCUGCUGGACAACCUCUGGAUGCCGUUCCUACACAGCCAGAAGAUCCCCAUUCCCAUGACAGAGGGCUUAGAUCCAGUGUCGAUGUUGACUGAUGAUGCAAUGGUUGCCCAGUGGAACAAUGAAGGCUUACCAGGAGACAAAAUGUCUACCCAGAAUGCCACCAUACUUACUAACUGUGAGCGCUGGCCUCUCCUUAUCGACCCUCAGCUGCAGGGCAUCAAAUGGAUUAAGAGUCGCUAUGGUAACAGCCUCAAGGUUGUCAGUCUGGGGCAGAGAGGAUAUGUAGAUGUUAUUGAACAGGCUGUAGUGGCAGGGGACACUGUCCUCAUCGAGAACCUCGAGGAGACGAUUGACCCUGUUAUUGACCCCCUUCUGGGUCGACACACAAUCAAGAAGGGCAGUUGUAUAAAGGUUGGAGACAAAGAGUGUUUCUUCCAUCCAGCCUUCAGACUGAUUCUCCACACUAAGCUGGCUAAUCCUCACUAUAAGCCAGAGAUUCAAGCCCAGACCACCCUCAUUAAUUUCACAGUGACCAGAGAUGGAUUGGAGGACCAGCUCCUGGCCCAGGUGGUGAAUCAAGAGAGGCCAGAUCUUGAGCAGCUUAAGAGUGAACUGACAAAGCAGCAGAACAUGUUUAAGAUUGAGCUGAAGCUUCUGGAGGACGAGCUGCUAACCCGGCUGUCUGCUGCAGAGAGUAACUUCCUUGGUGACAAUGUGCUGGUGGAGAAGCUUGAGACCACAAAGCACACUGCUGCUGAGAUUGAGAUGAAGGUUCUGGAAGCAAAAGUUAAUGAAGUAAAGAUAAAUGAAGCCAGAGAACACUAUCGCCCUGUUGCUGUCAGAGCUUCUCUGCUCUACUUUAUCAUGAAUGAUCUUAACAAGAUCAACCCCAUGUACCAGUUCAGCCUCAAGGCCUUUAACGUUGUUUUCCACAAAGCAGUGGAGCUGGCAGAAGCCUGUGACGACGUAAAGAGCAGAGUAAACACGCUCAUAGACUGUGUUACAUACUCCACCUUCAACUACAUCAGCAGGGGACUAUUUGAGAGAGACAAGCUCACCUUUACAGCACAGCUGGCCUUCCAGUUGCUCCUGAUGAGUAAGGAGAUAGUUGUGAGAGAGUUGGACUUCUUGCUGCGUUUUAACAUUGACCACAGCUACAUCAGCCCACUUGACUUUCUUUCCAACUCGGCAUGGAGCGCCAUCAAGGUUAUGAGUUUCACUGACGAGUUUCGUGGUCUGGAUCGGGAUAUUGAAGGUUCACCCAAGCGCUGGAAGAAGCUGGUGGAGUCAGAGUGUCCCGAGAAGGAGAAGUUUCCUCAGGAGUGGAAGGGAAAAAGCUCGCUGCAGAAACUGAUCAUGAUGAGAGCCCUGAGGCCCGACCGUAUGACCUAUGCUCUAAGGAACUUUGUUGAAGAGAAGCUCGGUGUGAAGUAUACAGAGGGACGAAAGACUGAAUUUGCAAAGUCCUUUAGAGAAAGUGGUCCUUCCUCCCCUAUUUUCUUCAUCCUCUCCCCAGGAGUGGACCCACUUAAAGAUGUCGAAUCACUGGGAAGGAAGCUGGGCUUCACUAUUGACCUUGGGAAGCUUCACAAUGUCUCCCUGGGUCAAGGACAGGAGACUGUGGCUGAAAUCGCCAUGGAAAAGGCCGCUAAGGAGGGUCACUGGGUUAUAUUGCAGAACAUCCAUCUGGUUGCUCGCUGGCUGGGUGCGCUUGAGAAGCUCCUAGAGCGCUGCUGUGAAGACAGCCAUCCUGACUACAGAGUGUUUAUGAGCGCUGAGCCGGCAUCUACACCCCAAGAACACAUUAUCCCACAGGGAAUUCUGGAAAAUGCUAUAAAGAUCACCAAUGAACCUCCUACAGGCAUGCAUGCUAAUCUACAUGCUGCUCUGGAUAACUUCGACCAGGAUAUCCUGGAUCAGUGCAGCCGUGAGCAGGAGUUUAAGACCAUCCUGUUCUCUCUCUGUUACUUUCAUGCCUGUGUGGCGGAGAGGAGGAAGUUUGGGCCUCAGGGUUGGAACAGAAAGUAUCCAUUCAGCACUGGAGAUCUGACUAUAUCAGUUAAUGUCCUUUACAAUUACCUGGAGGCUAAUGCACAGGUGCCAUGGGAGGACCUGAGGUAUUUGUUUGGGGAAAUCAUGUAUGGAGGACACAUCACUGAUGACUGGGACAGACGCCUCUGCAGAACUUAUUUGGAAGAAUACAUGCAGCCCAACCAGUUUGACCGGAAGCUUGCAUUGGCACCGGGGUUUGUCAUUCCCUCCAACCUGGAUUAUCAGGGCUACCAUGAUUUCAUAGAUGAGAUGCUGCCCCAUGAGAGCCCAGUGCACUAUGGGUUGCAUCCCAAUGCAGAAAUUGAGUUCCUGACAGUGACAUCAGAUAACCUUUUUCACACUCUGCUGGAGCUGCAGUCCCCUGAUGUUGUGAUUGGAGAGGGAACCUCACAAACACUAGAAGAGAAGGUGAAAUCAAUUUUAGAUGAAGUUCUGGAAAAGCUGCCAGAGGAGUACAACAUGUCCGACAUCACUUCCAAGACAGCUGAACGAUCGCCAUACAUCCUGGUGUGCUUCCAGGAAUGUGAGCGCAUGAACACACUCAUUUAUGAGAUACGCCGCUCGCUGAAGGAGCUUGACCUUGGACUCAAGGGUGAACUGGCCAUGUCCUCUGAGAUGGAGAAGCUACAGGCAGCCUUGUUCUUUGACAACGUCCCAGAUACCUGGACCAAGCUUGCCUACCCCUCAACUUACAGCCUGGCAAUAUGGUAUAACGACGUGAUGCAGCGUUGCAAAGAACUUGACAGCUGGACUCAGGACCUGUCUCUGCCCAGUGUUGUCUGGCUAUCUGGGCUGUUCAACCCACAGUCCUUCCUCACUGCUGUGAUGCAGUCUCUGGCACGUAAGAAUGAGUGGCCUCUUGAUAAAGUGAAUCUGACCGUGGAUGUGACCAAGAAGUUUAAAGAAGAGUUCAACCAACCGGCCAGGGAGGGUGCAUAUGUGUAUGGACUUUAUAUGGAAGGUGCAAGAUGGGACACUCAGACCGGAGUGAUAACUGAGGCUCGUUUAAAGGAACUGACCCCAGCCAUGCCUGUUAUCUCAGUUCGAGCUGUACCCAAUGACCGUCAGGAAACCAGGAAUAUCUACGAGUGUCCCCUCUACAAGACCAAGAUCAGAGGACCCACGUAUGUUUGGACUUUCAGUCUAAAAACCAGGGAGCGACCUGCCAAAUGGGUCCUGGCUGGAUUGGCUCUUCUACUCAGUGUGUGAAAAAGUGUAAGAGUUCUCAGUGAAGAUGCAGUG